CUUAGAGAGCGCGCUGGUUAUGUCGCAAGGUCAGGCUAGUGCUCCGCAUGGUGCGGCCGUGUUAUUAGGGCUGUGUGUGCCCUCAGUUGCCCGAUUUACCCCCAUAAUCAUCUGCAGUGGAACUUCCUAUGUGCGCGCUCCCAUGGAAAUCAAGGGACGGGCCCAUGAGAGAGAGAAUGAGAAUAUAUCUAUAUAUCAGUGGAGCGGUUGUGUCCCACUAGAGACCAUACCGUCAGGGGCAGUUCAUUAUCUGGGUGGCUGCUAACACCAGGGGACCAUUGUCGCUCUAUGUUGAACCAUAUAAUGAAUAAAAACUAAGAACAAGUAUUUGCCAUGGGAUUAGGCACCUCUGUAAAUAGAAGGAAUGUGCCUUUAAUACUUGGUGAGAGAUUCAGAAAGCUAAAGGGCGUUACAAUUGUGAAGCCAAUAGUGUACGGAAAUGUGGCCCGUUAUUUUGGCAAGAAGAGGGAAGAAGAUGGCCAUACCCACCAGUGGACAGUGUAUGUGAAACCAUAUCGUAAUGAGGACAUGUCUGCAUAUGUGAAGAAAAUCCAGUUUAAGUUGCAUGAAAGCUAUGGGAAUCCUUUAAGAGUGGUCACCAAGCCACCUUAUGAAAUUACUGAGACAGGAUGGGGUGAAUUUGAGAUCAUCAUAAAAAUAUUUUUUAUUGAUCCAAAUGAAAGACCAGUUACACUCUACCAUUUGUUAAAGUUGUUUCAGUCUGACACAAAUGCAAUGUUAGGAAAGAAGACUGUGGUGUCUGAGUUUUAUGAUGAAAUGAUAUUCCAGGAUCCUACAGCUAUGAUGCAGCAGCUUUUAACGACAUCACGGCAGUUAACACUUGGUGCAUAUAAACAUGAAACAGAAUUUUCAGAGUUAGAAGCAAAGACCAAAGAGAUGAUGGAAGGUGCAAAGAAGAAAACAAGCUUUGAAAUCUCUGAAUUGAAAGAGAGGUUAAAAGCAAGCCGAGAAACAAUAAACAGCUUGAAAAAUGAAAUUAAGAAACUUGAAGAAGAUGAUCAGACUAAAGACAUUUGACUAAAUCUUUAGGUUUUUCUUCCCCUAGCUGUUAGAUGUAAAGUAUUCAUUUUCUUGCUGUAAAUAUGUAUAUUUUGCUGUAAUCUAUAUAAAUACAUUUUGCUUACAA